UGUUAGUCGCUUAACAAAAUGUUCUAACCGCAAUAAGGAACAUAUUUUAUUUAAUGGGUAACAUAAGCGAUGUCGAAAAGACCAUUGAACGAAAGCCCAAAGAAGCACAAUUAUUAUAUGCCGCUGAAAAUGGGCAAGUUGAUAAGUUACAAGCCCUUCUUUCCGAGAAGGACGUUCAGGUAGACUGCCCAAAUAGUUCUGCUGUUACAGCUUUAUUUCUGGCAGCGAAAGAAGGACACGAUGAAUGUCUCAGGCUGUUACUUGAAGCUGGAGCAAAAGUAAACGGCAUCGGGCUUGGUAACACAGCACUAACGCCGCUGUGGGUAGCGACUUACGCCGGUCAUAAAAACUGCGUGGAAAGAUUGGUAAAAGCAGGUGCCGAUCUCAAUACAAAGUUUCCUGAAACACCUUUGUUUAUUGCGGCACGUGAAGGAAAGGCAGACUGUCUCAAGAUUCUAAUAGAAGCUGGUAGUAAUGUUAAUGUUAAGAACAAUCGAGGACAAAAUCCAAUGCAUAUUGCUUGUUCAGAAGUUCACGAGAGCUGUGUAGAACUUUUGGCAAACACAGAAUGUGAAUUGGAUGCUAUAGAUCAGAGUGGUUGUACUCCUUUGCACCAUGCAUGUAUCAAUGCACCAGAUGGUCACAGUUCAGUCAAGAUGCUUGUGCAAAUGGGAGCAGCAGUAAAUAUUUCUUCUAGAUGUUGGAACCAUGCCACAUCCUUGCACUACUGUUCACAACUUGGAAAAAUAGAAAAUGUCAAACUUUUAAUAAAAUAUGGUGCGAAUGUGUUCAUAAAAGACAAAUGUGGUCAGACGGCAAGAGACAGGGCUCAGAAAUACCCAGAAUGUGAAAAACUUCUUCAACAACAAGAAGCUAGACCAUCAAGCUUGCUCCAGUUGAGUUGCUGGUCACUCAGAGGAACCCUGGGAACUAAAGGUCUCAAGAAAGUACAUGAACUGCCAAUACCACUGACUCUCAAACAGUUUUUACUAUAAAAAUGGAAUAUUUUACACAGCAUGUAAACAAUUUGUAAUUCAGGUGAAGACUGAUGCAUCACUGCAAAGUCUAUCUCCUGUUACACAAAGUCAUAGUAAAAACAGGCAGAGUGAGGUAAAACAAAGCUGA